GGUGUCUCUCAGAGUCUCUCUUUUCUCUUUAUGUUGCAUUGAGCGUUCCCACUUUUCGAACUUGUCUUGAGCCCAACCCGCUAAGCCGCUGUUUGAACCUCUUCUGAUGUCCCUCCCACAUGCACUCAGCCCAUUCGCAUCCAUCACAUAUCCAUAAUACAUACCACACAUACAUUGUACCUUACCUGACCUUACCUUAUCACCUUACCUUACGUAUGUCAUCUUCCAAAUCCGUCCACCUUUCUUAAAACGAAGAUCACAGCACUAAAUAUUUCCCCCCUCCUCCACCUUUUCCGCAACACUUGCGUCCUUGAAUAUCGAAUAUUGAAUAACUAAAGGUGUCGCAUUUCCCUAAUCAAGCUCCGUAUCUGCCUAAUUAUAAUAUUCUCCUUGCUUAUUGACAGAGUCAGUUGAAUCAGUUCAACCUCUGAAACCGUUGUCUUCUUAUAUUUGUUUUCUUGGUACCAAAACCAAAAGCUUCAUCUACAACUUUGUUGUUGUUACAUCUUACCACCAUCACCAUCACCCUUACUCUCACCACACCACCCACCUAGUCACGCAACCACUCACUCGUCCACAAUGCACCGAACGUAUUCUAUGCGCCAGACUCGGGCGCCAACUGCCUCCCAGAUCCAAAAUCCUCCCCCACCGCCGUCAUCUACCAAAUCCGGCAGGCUGUUUGGAAGAGGCGGAUUUGGACAUGCGCUUCGUCGAAAUGCCGCCGGCGCCUUCGGGCCCGAUCUCGCUAAGAAACUUACCCAGCUCGUCAAGAUGGAGAAGAAUGUGAUGCGAAGUCUGGAGCUUGUCGCGAAGGAGCGUAUGGAGGUCGCCCAACAACUCUCCCUUUGGGGUGAAGCUGGCGAUGAAGACGUUUCCGAUGUGACCGACAAACUUGGGGUGUUACUCUACGAGAUCGGCGAACUCGAAGAUCAGUACGUCGAUCGUUACGAUCAAUACCGUGUUACCAUGAAGAGUAUUAGAAACAUUGAGGCAUCCGUACAGCCAAGUCGGGACCGCAAACAGAAGAUCGCCGACCAGAUUGCCCAGCUCAAGUACAAGGAACCCAACUCGCCCAAGAUUGUUGUCCUUGAGCAAGAACUCGUCCGCGCCGAAGCUGAAUCACUUGUUGCCGAGGCUCAAUUAUCCAACAUCACCCGCGAGAAGCUAAAGGCUGCCUACACUUACCAGUUCGAUGCUAUGCAAGAGCAUUGCGAAAAGGUCGCCAUUAUUGCCGGCUACGGAAAGCAUUUGCUUGAGCUGGUUGACGACACACCCGUAACGCCUGGCGAAACCCGCGCCGCUUAUGAUGGUUACGAAGCCAGCAAGGCCAUCAUUCAGGACUGUGAAGAUGCGCUGACUAACUGGGUGACAUCGAGUGCAGCCGUGAACCCCAAGUUAUCCACUCGAGCCCGGACCCUCUCCACAAGACGCCGCAACAACAUCAAGGCCCGAUCCGAGGGUCUGGACCUAUCCGGCCAGGACGCGCCGCUUAAUGACCGCGAAUCCUGGGUUGCGGCCGGCGAGCACAGAGGUCACGAAUACGAGGAUGAAGAGCAGCCAGAAGAUGACGAUCAGGCUCAUUCCGUACUGGAUUCUGAAAGUGGAAUGAAUGGUGAGCACCGAGGCCGAGCACCGGAGAUGGUUGUCUAGGUGGCUUAAUAGCCCUCGACGGUGUGGGUAAUACUUACUCGUUAUUAAUGUCUAAUAUGAGAGACGCCACGGGUGGGCUACGAACAAGCUUUAAUAUGCUCUCCAAAAGGGCGAGGCUUUGGCUUUGAGUUUGGUAGUGGAACACAUACCUUGCUUGGAUGAAAGAAGACGAGAAGAUGGACGACGGGACAGAUGAGCAACGCACAUGUAGUAGGUAGAGCCGGGUAGCGAAAGGAGGAUGGAUGGAUGGAUGUGUAACAACCCACCCAACCCCCCCCCCCCUUUUUCCACCAAAGAUGAUGCUCUCCGUACCUAUUUUUUCCAUCCAGAUGACUCAAGGAAAGAGGAAAAAUGGUUUUCCUGUACUUAUAGGCACCCCAAAAGAAAAAAAAGUAUUUUUUUUUAGGUACUUUUACUUUAUUAUUAGUCUCUGCCUCGUUGUUUUUGGUCCUUGGAGACGAUAUACGAGAUGAGAGCUUUCACGAUACGUCGGUCGGGUUUAUGAAUUAAAUUUUUUUUUUUGCAAUUCCCAACUCUUUUUAUCUUGUAGUUUCCAAGGGAAGAUAGGUAGGUAAACCUAUCAGGUACAUACAUAUAUACCUACCCAUCG